AUGCAAUCGCUGCUGCAGUAUCGACGGGCGGGCGCUGCGGCGCAAGCUCAGAUUGACAGAGACAUCGGCAAGGCGAGGCAGCAUACGGCGCCUGAUACGAGUCGUGAUAUUGAAGCGGCUAGGCCGGACAGCCAGAGCACAAUAGAUGAGAAGGAUAAGCACAAGCUGCGACGUGCCUUGUCGCCCAUCACUGAAAAUGAUGAUGAGACAGAAGAUUUGUCGGGCCCGGUGCAGCGGAGUGUGACUGCGGCGACUAUUCAGCAGUGCUUGUCUGGGGGUAUUGCAUUGGGUCAAGUACUCACGGGGAUUCAAGUUCAAGACCACAAGAAUGUCAAAGGCCAAGAUGGCAAAGUCUUUGUGGUAAACUGGGAGGGUCCAGACGAUCCCCUAGAUCCCCAUAACUGGUCAGUCGGAAGACGAAUUGGAGUUACGCUGCAGAUCUCCGUCAUUGCCCUGUUUGUCGGUGCAGCGUCUGGGAUCGAUGCAACUGUUCUUCCCCAAGCUGCAGCUUCACUUGGAGUCAGCGAGGUUGCUGAAUCUCUAGCUACAGGUCUUUACUUGGUUGGAAUGGGUCUCGGGUCAUUGAUAGCAGGCCCCUUCUCUGAAACAUUCGGCCGAAACGCAGUCUACACUGCCUCGAUGGCUAUUUUCAUGAUAUGGAUAAUGGCAUCAGCCCUCGCCCCCAACUUUGGCGCCCAGAUCACUUUUCGCUUCCUCGCUGGCUGCUCCGCCUCCACGCCACUCGUAUGCUCAGGCGGCUCGAUAGCAGACAUGUACAACAGCCUCGAAAAGACGUGGAGUUUCCCCCUGUAUGCUGUCGCUGGCUUUGGCGGGCCCAUGAUCGGUGCUGUUAUGGGUGCGUAUAUUGGACCGUCAACGGCUGUGAGCUGGCGGUGGACUGAGUGGACUAUGCUUAUUGCAUCUGGGCUUGUCCUCAUCCUGGUCCUGCUUUUCAUGCCUGAAACUUACGGCCCUCUGCUUCUGCAGUGGAAGGCAGCUCAUUAUCGACGAAUCACGGGCGAUGAUCGUUUCCGCUGCCAGCACGAGAUCGCUGAUGCGAGUCUCUUCAGUAGACUCAAGGUCAGCAUGACACGACCGUUUCUGAUGUUGACGGAACCCAUCAUAAUGGCCAUGACACUUUACAUCAGUGUCCUGUACAUUGUACUCUUCACAUUCCUUGUUGGCUGGCCUUACAUCUUCGAGAAAACCUACGGCAUCGAUCAAGGCCUUGCCAACAUCAUUUUCAUCGCCAUGUUUCUCGGUACUCAGAUCAACUUUGCUUUUGUGCCGAUUGUAUACCGCAAGACCCUUCGAGCCACUCAGACGCAGGGCAAAGGCCGCUUCCAGCCCGAGAUACGUCUCUGGUACGCCAUGCUCGGCGCAGCUGCAGCUAUCCCCAUCUCGCUUUUCUGGCUUGGCUGGACGAACUACUCUAGCAUCAGCAUCUGGUCUGCCAUCUUUGCGGUUGUUCUUUUCGGGUACGGCGUGACUGGCAUCUUCAUCUGUGUCUACAUGUACAUCAUCGACUCUUACGAGAUAUACUCAGCAUCGGCGCUGACUUUUGUUUCUCUAAUUCGGUACAUCAUUGCUGGAGGGAUGACGGUGGUUGGGAUACCGUUCUAUGAAAACAUGGGCACACAUUAUACUUUGACCAUCAUGGCUUGCCUGUCAGUGGUGCUUGCGGCGAUUCCCUACAUUCUUUACUUUUACGGGCCUAAGAUACGGGCGAAGAGUAAAUAUGCGUUCACACAUUAA